ACGCUGUUCAUUGUCGAUUUGCCAUCAAAACAGCUGUUGCCUGCUAGAAUUUUAGUCGCUAAAAAGUACUUGCGAACUUUGGCGAGCGCACGAGAGAAUUUUGCGAACAAAGCUCUAUUUUUUAAGCUCGACAACGGUGGGCCUGUCGUCAUCGGUAGCGUCGCUGGUCGUCUCAGUCGAACGGGCAACGAAGUUGCAUACGCAACACAUUUAUUGGUCUGUGGGUCGCGGCUGCUCUUGUUUUGUGUGGCUGCGGUUUUGUUUUUGUGCGUGGCAGACGGAAGAGGCCAAAGUAAAGCUUGUGUUUUUGUUUAUAUACACACGGACGCGCGCGCGCACACAAACACAACACACACAUACGAAAAACGAAAAUUAAUGCAUACACAAGCACACACCUGAGUGACGUCACAGGUUUUGAUCGUGUCUCUGCAACUCAGCAGCAGAAUAUAAUUGUAUAAUAAGUGAAAUAAAAAUAGCAAAAAUGAGACAACAAUGGCGCGACACCUUCAGGCAUUUAGUGCGUCAAUACCACACACAGUCAAAGCGGGCGCCACUUUUGGCCAACAGCAACAGUCGCAGACUCGCCUGCAACAACAACAGCAGCAGACACAACAAUCUGAGGCAGCAACAGCUGCAACAGCAGCAGCUGAUAUUGUUCGCCAAUAGCCGCAACUACUCCAAGUUCGGUACACACCUGAGCAGCGAGCGUGCCAUGGAGCUGCUGUGCAACCUGGACGAGGACGAGCGCCACAAUCUGCGGGAUGCGAUGUUCAAGCUGGAGGCCGACAAGGUGAAGAAACAGUUCGAAAGUCAACUGGCUGUUGGCAGUUGGCGGACACGCUUCGGAAGACUCUCCACAAAGGUGGGCCAGGUGGAUCCGAGCGGCACUUUUUGUGCGGUGCCCGAUGAAUGGCUGAAAAAGAAAUUGGUGGAAGCGGCAGAACCACCCACCGCCAGGCAAUUGUAUAGCAUUUUCUUUGUGAAUGCCGUGCCCUUUGUAGCCUUUGGUUUCCUCGAUAACUUCAUUAUGAUCAUGGCCGGUGAAUACAUUGAAAGCACACUGGGUCAUUUUAUAACUCUAUCGACCAUGGCUGCCGCUGGACUUGGCAAUACUAUAAGUGAUGUUAUGGGCAUUACGAUGGCCACCUAUGUAGAGGAAGGCUGUCAGCUUUUGGGACUCAAGCCGCCCCAGAUGACGCCGGCACAGUUUGAAUUGAAAUCGAGCAGACGAGCUUCCAGUUGGGGUCGUAUUAUGGGCAUCACAGUUGGCUGCCUAAUCGGCAUGUGUCCCCUAUGGUUUAUGAAGGAAGAACCGAAAGCGAGCGCAAAGGAUUAAGAUGACGAAAUCGAUGCUAACAUAACUAAUGAAACAGUCAAUUUUAUGGGGAAUCCUAACAAAAUGCAAUCCGAAUGCUAAGUGUAAUUAUAAUAAAUUUACAAAAAUUUGCCAUUUUCCUGGGACGCCGUAUAAAUGUUAAGUUUAUAUCAUUGUUAAAAUCAGACAAUGAUUUGCAUUGAAUUUAAAAUUAUAUUUGUAUUUACAUUUUUCACGCCAUGUAAAACGAAUUCACAUAACACUCAAAGUACCUACUAACUAACUACUAUUAACGCUCGUCUAGUUCAUAAAGUUAAGAUUAAAUGUGUUCUAGCUAAUUAGUCUACAAAUUAUGCAAUUUCAAGCUCGCACUGAUUCUGACUGCACCUACAAAUCAUCUUGCUUAAGUUUUCAUAACACGGCCAACAUAAUAAACAAAAACCAAAUAAAUAAUAAUAAUUUGGUAAUUCUCGGAUUGAUAAUUAAACUAGUGGUAAAUAUAUAUGGCAAUGUAAUGUAGCUGCCAAAGGUCCAAAUGUAACACCCAAAAUCAAAAUAGCCAGUUUUGUAGAGAAAUUAACUGAAAUAAUUAUUCAAUUUGUGUCGAAUAUUAAUUGCCAUUAAAAUGUCUGAUUUAAAAUAAAAUGGCUUAUGCUGUAUGCCAAGUUCCAAACUCAUCAAAUAAAGUAAAACCCGCCAAGUCUUAAAAUUCACACAAAAUCAACGAUCAAAACGCAAUUGGCUAUCCGACUUUUAAACUCGCCACACUGCAAAGUGCCUAUGAAAUGCUUUAAAUAUAUACAUGCUUACAUUUCGAAGCUGUUCCACCCACAUUAUAUUGAAUGAAUUGGCUUAAAGUACAUUGAAAAUAAAUCAGUAGCAAGAUAUAUACACAUAUUAUGUACAAUAUUAAAGUCCAAAUUGUAGAGCUUACCAAAUAAAUAAACCAAAUUGAAAAAUAAAA